CUGAAACGUGGUUACAAAAACCGCAAUGCGACUGCAAAAUAUAAUUUUAAAAACAAAUGAUAACUCGAUUCUCCAAUUGAUCAUGAACAGGUAGCUGAAAAAAAUUCAUCCCACCCAAAGAAACUGACUGGAUCUUAGUUGUUCACGAUCAUUACAACCGAAGAAAUUUCAGUUACAUACUAACAGUCUUACCCAGUGACGUGAUUUGUUAUUUCAGGAAACCAACCACGCGAAAAUGUAACAUGGAUAAGAAUUACUAGUCUCAAAUUGAAAACUAUAAUGUACUAAUGUAUUGCACGCCUAUGAAAUAGUUCUGGAAAUUCCAAAGUUGACAAUAAUAUACAAGACUUGCGACAGAUUCUCGCAAUUUUUUAGCUGUGUAAAUUCUCUUGACAUUUGUUGCGAUGUUUACCAAUAUUAAAUUCAGCCCUGCAAAUGAUUAACACGAAGUAGAUCUUUAAUUUGUUAUCCAUUGGAAAUUUAUGGCUGUGAUCACCGAAACAAAAAUAUUGUAUAUCAGUCGGUAAUUAUCUAGUAGAAAGUUGGAAUAUUUGAUAGUACAUGUGAAAGAUUGAUUAAAAAUUGUAUAAUUAUAUGCAUAUCAGUUGAAGAGCAGUGAGUUAAAGUGAAGCCAUAGUAAUUGUCAUUCGACACAAUAUAGUUAUUUUGGUAUAGCAAACAUCAAACAUCAGUUAUGCGUGAGAAGUCGUUAUUGCACAUGUUUCAAGGGACAUUUCCUCAACUGAUAGCUGUCCUCACAGGAACAAUAGGAGCAAUUUCCGAUGGAAUGCAUUAUGGAUGGACUGCGCCUGUUUUGCCAACAUUGGAAAGUAACAGUUCCCACAUUCACUUACAAGAAAGGGAUCACAUAUGGUUGGAGACUAUUUACAUGAUUGGUGGAAUUACUGGUUUACCGAUUACCAUCUUCGCCGUGGAUACAAUAGGAAGAAAGGGAUCUAUCAUUAUAUCGGCAUUCAUGGCUUUAGUUUCUUGGAUACUAAUAGCUGUUGCAGACAGUACAUUGUUUUUGUACAUCGCAAGAUAUAUAAUCGGUUUAUCAGGGGAUGUCGCGUUUGUAGCAGCUCCCAUGUAUGUUGCUGAAAUAGCAGAUAAAAAAAUUCGGGGAUUCUUAGCAGGAAUUAUAUACUUAAUGAUGCUAUUGGGAAUACUCAUAAUUUAUGCAGUAGCACCUUACGCACCAUUCUAUGUACCAAGCAUUGUAGGCUCUGUGAUAGUAAUUAUCCAAUUAAUUACCUUUCCCUUCAUGCCUGACAGCCCUUACUAUUUGAUAUCGAAAGGUAAGGAGGAAAAAGCUAAGAGACAUCUCCAGAGACUAAGAGGUAGUGAUGAUGUAGAUAAAGAACUUAAAGAAAUAACUGCUGCUGUUAAUAGACAAAAAAGUGAGAAAGGAAGGCCUCAAGAUUUAGUUUUAAUUGCAAGUAAUAGAAAAGCAGUUAUUAUAAUGGUGAUAUUGAAUGCCGCUCAACAUUUUAGUAGUAUAAGUGUGAUGCUAAUGAAUUUGCACGAGAUUUUAAUGUCAGCCGAUUCAAUAUAUAUGACAUCACAAAACGCUGGGAUACUAUUCGCGGCACUUAUGCUUCUUUCUGCUACAAUAGCUGAUUUCGUUGUAGACAAAUUUGGUAGAAAAUAUCUCCUUACUAUUUCAAGUUUAUUAACAGGACUUUGUUUAUUAGUAUUAGCUGUAUAUUUUACUUUUAAAAAUUGUGAUUACGACAUCUCAGGAGUGUCUUGGAUACCAAUUGUGACUGUGAUGGUAUAUGCAGCUGUUUUUAAAUUUGGCUUAGGUAUAAUUCCCAUCGUAAUGACAGCUGAGCUUUUCCCUGCUAAGACGAAAGCUAUGGGAAUGACGAUAGCUGAUUGUGCCUACGUAUUUUUCGCCUGGAUAUCUAUAGAGAUAUACCAAAGGCUUUCUACGGCCUAUGGACAUGAAGUUCCUUUCUAUAUAUUUGCGGCCUCUUGUAUCCUUACUGCAGUUUUUGCACAACUUUACAUUCCAGAAACAAAAGGAAAGACCUUGGAAGAAAUUCAAUUUAUUCUGAAAGGAGUGCCUUUUCCACUGAGAAGUAACAGUUUAAGAUCAGAGUCUUUAUCUUUUCAUGCAACAUUAGAUAAUAAAGACAAUAAAAUUAAUAGUACACCAGAAAAAAACAGUAAUGAAAAGAGUGGAGUUUGAAAUCAUAUCAUCAAUCAAUAGAAAAAUUGCAUAUUUACGAAGUUCAGCUAAAAUUUAGUCAUUUCUAAAUAAGGUGUUAUUUAGAUAAUGAACAACCAGAUUUCCGUUCAUUUAAUUUACUACCAUUAGUUUCGAAGGUAAAUGUAAUGGAUUGCAGAUCAAAGUCAAAUUUUUGUGAAGCAUUUGUUACCUUGACUGAAAUUACUUGUAACACUAAUUAACAACUGGUGCUUAUAUUAAAUUUUAACUAACAUACAAAUGUUAGCGUCAUGAUUCUUUAUUCUUAUUGUUUUAAUUUAGUUGCUGAUGCUCAACGGGUUGAUUUCUUAAUAAACCAAUAACAUACAAAUUAAUGAAAAUACCCCAUAACACUUUGUUUUAAAAGUGUUAUGUAUCAGACAUUCUUUAUAAUCUCCAAUGUUUAAAACACCUCUACUGUCUAACCUUGCUGACAAACAUUUGUUAUAGUAAUUUUUCGGGGUAGAUGGUAUAUGGUAAAUAUUCACCUUUCCUUCUACCACUGAAGUAUCUUGGUUUGAUAAAAAAUUGCUCAAGUUUACGUCACACGUAACAUACACAUUAUGUAAAGCGUUCUCUCUGCACUUUUCUUCAAUUGGUUUUAAUCAUUUUAAUAGUUAUUUCAUAUUACCAGUUAUUUCACUCUCAAAACAUGUAACUCAUUGCUAAAGAACAUUAGGUUAAUAAAUUUCUAUCAAAUAACAUGUUAGAUCUCAUAAACUAUAUAAUUUGUUUUCCUUCGGACCUUACCACAAAGAAUUUGAGUUUAUGAUAGAUAUCAAUAUGUUAACUUACAUAAUUCAAAAUAGUUCCAUAGUUUUCUCUAUUAUCAAUUUAUAAAUAUGAGUUAGGACCGGGUUAUCUCCAAUAUAAGCAUUUUUCUCCGAUUUUGAGCGAAUUUGUAGCUCUAAUCAAAACUGUUAGCUCAAUAACUUGUCAUUAGAAAUUCAGAAGUAACAUUUCUAACCAUUUUAUUAUAUUAUAGCAUUUCAUUUCAAAUUCUAGAGCAUCUACAUAAAAUGAAAUGAGUAGAAGUAACCAAAGUUACAUAUUUUGUAUUGCACUGGUUAUUUCAUAUAUCUGAUCUGUCAUUUACACCUUGUGUAUAACGUACUGAAAGCUUAUUAUAUUUCUUAGAACUAAGUUGGAAUUUCUGGAACCGUUGGCGAUAUUCAUACUGUUUACACCACCACUACACCAACACAGAUAAACAGUUUACCUUCAGUCUCUGAAAACGAUAAUUUGGUUAUCGAAACACGCAGUAUAAUUGUUAAUGGUGGUGUAAACAGUAUAUUCAAUAUUUCUUAGAAGACAAACAAAGACAAAUCAAUAUUAUUUGGGAUACACGAGAGAAAUCACACAUUUUCCCCUUUCCAGAAUUUUAUCCAAAUAUCAAAAACAAUUUAAACUGUUUUGGGACAUGCAUAGAGCUUCUACAAAGUGGGUUACAGAAAAAAGUCUAUCCCGAUAUUUGAAAGUAUUCAUUAAAUUAUAAUGAAAAGAUACACUUUUACAACACAGAGAAUUGUCAUUUGUCAACCCACUCUCUUCCACUUCGCCAACCCUUUAUUUUUAAAUAGGGACCUUACCAUGUGUAGCACAACAGGCAGUUAGAAACAGUAUUCAUACAUAUGAUCGUCCAUGAUUUUUUUUUAUAUUUAAUGCGUAUUGGUAUUAAUUAAUUUGAGGCGCAAGUCUAUUAAAAAUGAAACGCACCGCCUGAGGUUUGCUAAUUGGUGACAUGAAAUUUAAAUUAGAACAAUAGGAUAAUUUAUUGUGAUGUAACGAAAAUUAUCUAAAGUUGUGACACAUAGAAGUAUUAGUGAAUGAAAGGUUCAAAACGGUGUCAUCGAAUGAAUCGUGUCAAGUAUUGCAGACCAAUCAAUAACGCCUAAUCCAUUUUCUAGGAAACUCCUGCCCACACGGUUCUAUUUUUGAAAAUGUCGUGAAUGUGUGUAGUGGAAUAAUUUUGUGUCAAUAUACAAAUAAAACAUUCAUCCGAAAAAGAAAAACUAAAUUAAAAGUUAUAUUGUACUAUAUUGUAUAAUCUCAUGAAACUCUAAUACACGUGAAUUACGAAUUGUUUUUUCCAUGGAGCUGAUUAAACACAUUCCCUCUUCUUCUUGUUUACUUCUAGUUUUCAAACAAUAUCAACUUGUUCUGCAAUAGAUUAUACCAUAUUGGAGGUAUUCGAAAAAUACCAACAUUCAUUAACUAAGAACAACUUUAAACGAAUUACUACUUGCACAAACUAAUUAACUUUGAAAAGUCGAAAUAUAUAUAAAAAAAUAUCGUAGACCAUCAUUAUGUCGCACAAAAGUCGACGUGUUUCGGCACAUAUCGAGGUGGAUUAUUUUUUGUAACCCUCUUUGUACAUGUUUUAUAAUUAUAGUACAUCUUAAUAUCAAAACCAUGGUUUACUAACAUUAACUUUAACAGAAGAAGAAUACCUUCUCAUCAUUUUUCCUGAUUUUCAGUGUUUUUAGCUUUGGUGAAAAAAUUUUAGAAAUAAGUGCCUUUUUAAAUAUUAAUUGAAUAUUGAAUAGAAAUUAAUACUGUUAUUUAAUGUAAAAACCAAACAGACAAUCACAAUUCAACACAAAUGUGACUAAUCAUCCGCAUUGCCUUUAAAAGUUUGGAAUCACUAUUCGGGAAAUUUGUUUGGGGUUCUGAAAAAGUAGAUAACAACGCACGCUCACUUUUCAUCUGAUUUUACCUAUCUAUUAUAUUAUUAUUUUUCGUUCAUCAUCUAAUCAUUUCACAUAGCUACCCUCGGCAUUUUCCAAUCACUUCUCCGUCAAAUUCAAUCAUCUAGAAUCUACGUGUUUUGUUAAGUCUUCCAUCCAUCUCAUUUGGUGGUUUUCAAAUGGUAAAGCGUGUGAGUAUUUGUGUACUUCUGCACUAGCUAGGACACAGUGAUCGCAAUGGACACAUGUGAGAUACUAUAUAUAAUAAUAUAGUAUAGUCAAUGUCGAUCUAAUAGUAGUAAAACUAGUUUUUGUUCCGCGGUAUACCAUCUACAAUUUGUGCUUUAACUGACACUAAUAAAUGAAAUAAAUAAAUAAAUGAAAAAAUCCGACAGCUCUCGUAGCAGAAAUUGUGUCAGUUUGGCCGCAUAUCAAAUUAGAAAAAAAUCAACUAAGCCUGUCUUCAUCCCACUUUUAGCAUUAAGUUAGAUUCCCAAUUACUUCUUUCGCUUAGUUGAUAAUCUAGUUAAACCGAAUAAUCCUACUUCUUGAGAUUAUGUAUUGAAAUCAUUUUUUCUUAACACUUUAUUAUAUGUUUUCAAUAGUUUUCCCGAAUUCAGUACCUAAAUUUAUCUUUUAACAAUAACGAACCCCAUUUUUUCAAAAAUAAAUGCAUUGACUGCUCAUAUCAACUAUUUUCCUUUUAUAAUUGCAACCGUCUUGACUGACUGAAAGAACUAACUGCUCCUGGGGUUGAUCGUUUUUCGUGAAAUUAAAAUCAAUAAAAAGAUGUGGUAAAAUUAUGAGUGGAAAUUCGAUGAAACUACAUAAUCUAUCCUAUUAUUAAACCUUUUGUUAUGAAAGUAGUUGACUGCUUAAAAAUAGCUCAAUAUCUAUUAUUAGACUCAAUUACGGAUAUAAAAUUCUAUGUGAUAGUUGUUCCUCCGAACUUAAAGACUGAAGUUCUUAGGUGCUUGGCAUUCGUCACUUUCCGAUCUACUGUACUUCUAUGCCGAUAUAACUUUUUGAAUUUGAAAAAACUGAUCUAGAGUAUCCCUGAUAAUUCUGGUAAAUAAAAUUAUAUGUAAUCUGGAAAAAUAUUUUUUAUCGAUUGCAGAUUAAUUUUGUGUGUGUUUGUGUAUGGGAGUAUGAUGGCCUUACAAUAAAGCUAUAGGACACAGACAUUUCAAGAACUUUUCUUGCUUCCUUGAUGAAGUAUAUUAUAGUAUCUACAGUAGCUUUAUUUACGCAUACCAGGAGAGAGGUAAUAUUUAAUGGGAGAGGAAAGUUACAGUAAAUCAAAGAAAUAUGUAAAUUAGAUAUAGCCGCUUCUUUUUUCUUGCACUAUAGAAAAAUAUUAUUAGUAUCACCGAUCGAUGCGUUGUUGUAACUGCAAAAUGGCGACUGUAGAAUAAACAAUGCACCGGAAAACAACCGUGAUUUAAUUCAAUUCGCGUUUUAGUUGCUAUUUUACGAUAAUCAAAAUUUGUUAUGCGUGGAAUGCUAUUUGUCAGAUUGAGAUAAUGCUGGAAAUAGUGACUUUUUGAUGUUUUGCUGAAGUUUUUAUAAUCUUCUCUCCAUCUGAUUCCAAUAGAUUUUUUAUGCUUGCUAAUUACAUCAGCUUGACAGAAAAAGUUCAAGUACUCUUCCUAUUUGCAAGCUUCUUUUGCCUCAUGAUCUACAUUCUCAGCUGUGACAUUUUACCCAUAAUAGUGUUUUAAUCUAAAAUCAAUUCCUUAUUAUAAGUAUUUAUUGCGGAAUUUACUUGACAGUAUUUUUAGUUGAUUUUACAUGAAGUGAAUCGAUUACAAAAGUACAUAAACUACAUAAAACUAAAUAAUUAGAUAAAAUUUUCGAUGGCUUAUCCAUCCAAUAUACAAUUUUUGCCGAUUAGUUUUAUUUUUUAAAAUUAAGUAAAACUUAAGAUAUACCUAUCGAAAUGUGUAUACAAAUUCAAAGCUACAUUAUAUUUAAAUAAAUUUUAUCAAUUCGCUGUUAUUGUUUCAAUUGAAAUGUAAUUGGUGAAUCAUAAUAUGUAAAUAUCUCAGCUUCAUACUGAAUCAAAAUUUAAUUUUUUAUAUGAUAUUAAGUUGCCGGCUGGCAUAAAAUUUUAGGAAAAGUAUAUUUUUUGAUAUCAUGAUAACAAAUAAUCAUACCUGAUCAAAAAAUUUACUUAGACACAAACUAGAGCAUCAUCUAGCUCAUGCGUGUGUUUCAUUUCCUUUGCUUUGCAUAAUACCGCUCUAAUUCCCUACAUGGUGGAUUUCAAAAGGAAACUGUGGAUAGUUUAUUAAGAAUUAUGACAGAAAAGAUAUAGAAACAACACUCAUAGAAAGAAGAACGUUUUUAGUAAAUUAUCCAAUUUUAUAUAAUCUUAUAAUUAUUUCCUUAUGCUGUUUGUUAAAUACUAUUUCAUUCAAUAUUGAACUGAAUGUAGGUUCAUUAAUUGAUUGUGAUAUAUAUUUACCAUCUAACGUUUUAUUUUAUGGGACGUAUUCCUCAUAAUGGCAAAUAUCUAUCCAUUACAACUUUUUCAUAGAAAAAGACUCCCAAUAAUAUCUAUUAUUUAAUAAUUAUUCAAAUUAGUCAUUAUAAAAUAGGCCAGAUUAAACUCUUGUUAUUAUCUGUUGAUACAAACUAUUUCUUUCACAUAGAAAAGUUUAUAGCACAUUUUGUGAGAGUAGAAGUACAACCUUUAAGUUGUCAUAGUUUACCUUUUGUGCUAUUUGUUUAUAGUAGUCAUAUAAUUGUAUCCAACUGGUGCAAAUUCAAAACAAAGAUUAACCAUCUGAAUAUGCCUGCCCUACGCUAGACCAAUGUAAUUGACAGAUUCCUCGAUAUCAUUAGAAAAAUAAAACCUUAAUGCAUCCACUCUGAGUUUACGCAAUUAAUGUACUUCCGUCGAAUUCAUUAUUCUACAGCCAAUAGAGCGCUACAAAAAUUAUAAGAUUUCCAUGACUUUAGUUUCGAUACGUAUUGACUGUUCUUAAAUGUACUUCUCAAAUUAAAAAAGUAUAUUUUCCUUAAAUUACCUCCAUUGUGCUUUAAACCUACGUGUUUGCUUCAACAAUAACUAAAUAACGUGAUAAAUGAGUAAGAAAUGUAUGACCUAUUAAUAAAUGAGGCUUGUGAAUUAGUAAGUAUAGUUACUGAUUAAUGUGAUAGACUAUAUCUAUUUUGUUUGUGACACAAAUCAAUUAUAAAAAAUAAAUUUUAGAUUGUU